AUGAACAAUGGGAAGAAACCAGAGCUGGUGACGGCGUCGGGGUAUCCUUUACAUAAAGGUGCAAGCGAUCGUAGGGUCUGGUCCGCGACGGGUCAGUGCGUGCCAACCGGGCACCGGCAACCGACCGGCGGCCGCCCCACCCACACCCACACCCCUGCGCCGGCCGGCUGCCGUGGCGAUCGAGGCGGUCGCGGCGGCGGAGAGCUCGCGCCCGAGGGCGCGAUCCUCGCCAUGGAGCAGCCGCUCGAUGAGAAGGAUUUGGAAAGGAAGCUGAAGAAAGAACACAAGGCCAAAGAGAAGGAGGAGAAGAAACUCAGGGCGAAGCAGAAGGAGGCAGCUAGGCUCCAGGCCCAAGCAGCAUCUGAUGGAGCUAGGAGAAGUGAGAAGAAGCAGAAGAGGAAAGGUGCCAUCGAUGAGAAUCCCGAGGAUUUCGUUGACCCGGAUACUCCUACUGGACAGAAGAAGCUGCUUUCUUCUCAGAUGGCCAAACAAUAUAGCCCGUCAGCUGUCGAGAAAUCAUGGUACAAUUGGUGGGAAUCAUCACAGUAUUUUGAAGCAGACGCGGCAAGCUCAAAGCCACCGUUCGUGAUAGUCUUGCCACCCCCAAAUGUAACUGGGGCCCUUCACAUAGGCCAUGCAAUUACAGUGGCUAUUGAGGAUGCUAUGAUUCGCUGGCGGAGGAUGUCAGGUUAUAAUACUUUGUGGGUUCCUGGAAUGGACCAUGCUGGCAUAGCUACACAGGUGGUGGUGGAAAGGAAGCUCAUGCGUGAGAGAAAGCUGUCAAGGCAUGAUCUAGGGCGUGAGAAAUUUCUAUCUGAGGUCAACAACUGGAAAGAUCAGUAUGGUGGCACAAUAUUGAGACAAUUACGUAUGCUUGGAGCCUCGCUUGAUUGGUCACGUGAAUGUUUUACAAUGGAUUCACAGAGAUCAAAAGCUGUAACAGAAGCUUUUGUCAAGCUCUACAAGGAAGGUUUAAUAUAUAGGGAUAUCCGGAUUGGGCAUUGGGAUUGCACACUUCGUACAGCAGUCUCUGAUAUUGAGGUUGACUAUUUGGAACUUAAGGAAGAGACUCUGUUAGUGGUCCCUGGUUAUAACAUCCCAGUUCAGUUUGGUGUUUUGAUAUCUUUUGCCUAUCCUCUGGAAGAAGGGUUGGGUGAGAUUAUCGUUGCAACAACAAGAAUAGAAACAAUGUUUGGUGAUACCGCUAUAGCUGUUCAUUCUCAGGACGAAAGAUAUAAGCAUUUGCAUGGAAAAUAUGCCAUCCAUCCUUUUAAUGGCAGAAAACUUGAAAUAAUUUGUGACGAUGAGUUAGUGAAAACCAGUUUUGGUACUGGUGCUGUAAAGAUCACACCAGCUCAUGAUACCGAGGACUUCAAAGCUGGGAAACGGCAUAACCUUGACUUUAUCAAUAUUUUCACUGACGAUGGGAACAUAAAUGAAAAUGGAGGUUCACAAUUUGAAGGAAUGCCACGUUUCACUGCUCGAGCUGCUGUUAUUGAUGCACUGAAGGCAAAGGGUCUAUACAGAGGCAUGAAAAAUAACGAGAUGAAAUUGGGCCGUUGUUCAAGAACUAAUGAUAUCGUGGAGCCAAUGAUCAAGCCCCAAUGGUUUGUUAAUUGUAAUACAAUGGCAAAGGCAGCUCUCGAUGCUGUGAAAUCCAAAGAGAUCGAGAUCAUUCCACCACAAUAUGAGCAAGACUGGUACAGAUGGCUUGAAAACAUUCGCGAUUGGUGUAUUUCGAGGCAACUUUGGUGGGGACACCGUGUGCCUGCUUGGUAUGUAACAUUAGAAGAUGACGAAGAGAAAGACAUGGGUUCAUACAUUGACCACUGGAUAAUCGCAAGGAAUGAAAAUGAUGCAAUACUGGAGGCAGAAGAGAGGUACCCAGCGAAGAAAUAUCAGUUAGAUCAAGAUCCUGAUGUGUUGGAUACGUGGUUUUCAUCAAGCCUUUUCCCAUUAUCCAUAUUCGGUUGGCCAGAUGAUACAGCUGACCUUAGUACUUUCUAUCCUACUUCUGUCCUUGAAACUGGAUUGGACAUCCUCUUCUUUUGGGUAGCAAGGAUGGUGAUGUUGGGAAUACUAUUGGGUGGUGAUGUGCCAUUUCAAAAGAUUUACUUGCAUCCAAUUAUUCGUGAUGCACAUGGCCGUAAGAUGUCCAAGUCACUUGGAAAUGUCAUUGAUCCCAUUGAUGUAAUAAAUGGUAUAACGCUAGAGGGUCUUCAGAAAAAGUUGGAACAGGGCAACCUGGACCCAGACGAGUUAGAAAAGGCAAAAGAAGGCCUGAAGAAGGAUUUCCCUGAUGGUAUUCCUGAGUGUGGUACUGAUGCCCUUCGUUUUGCCCUGAUAUCCUACACUUCUCAGUCUGACAAGAUAAAUCUUGAUAUCAAGAGAGUGCAUGGCUACCGACAAUGGUGCAAUAAACUAUGGAAUGCAAUUCGUUUUGCCAUGAUCAAGCUUGGAGAUCAGUACACUCCCCCAACAACUGUUGUGGUGGAUUCUAUGCCACCUGUCUGUCGAUGGAUACUAUCAGUACUUAAUAAAUCUGUUGGCAAGACCGUGUCAUCAUUAGAAGCGUAUAAAUUCUCUGAGGCAACAUCAUCUAUAUACUCUUGGUGGCAAUACCAGCUUUGUGAUGUAUUUAUAGAAGCAAUUAAACCUUACUUCAAUGACUCUCAAGAGUUCGAAGCUGCAAGAGGUGCUUCUAGAGAUACAUUAUGGCUAUGCCUGAACACUGGUUUGCGUCUGCUCCAUCCAUUCAUGCCUUAUGUAACUGAAGAGCUUUGGCAGCGCCUUCCUCAGCCUAAGGAGGCUUGUAGGAAAGAUUCCAUUAUGAUAUCAGAAUAUCCCUCAACUGUACAGGAAUGGGAAAAUGAUCAAGUUGAGAAUGAAAUGGAGAUUGUGUUAGAUGCUGUGAGUAAGCUGAGAUCUCUCCGGCCACCAACAGAUAUACAUGAAAGGCGCCCGUCUUUUGUACUCUGUCGAAACCAAGAGAUUGCAGCCACUGUUCAGUACUACCAGGCUCAAAUUGCAACGCUUGCUUCCGUGUCAUCUCUGAAGAUCCUGAUAGGGGAUGAUCCAAGUCCACCUGGUUGUGCCACAAAUAUUGUAAACAAGGAUCUAGCAGUGUAUCUCCAGCUCCGGGGAGCUCUCAACGCGGAAGCUGAACAUGAGAAGCUUAGGAAGAGGAGAGAGGAAGUUCAAAAGCAACAUGACACCUUGUCACAGAAAAUGAAUGCUUCAGGCUACCGUGAGAAGGCCCCUCAGAGCAAGCAGGAUGAUGAUAUGAAAAAACUUGCUUCUUUAUUAGAGGAGCUCGAGAUCAUCAGUGAAGCUGAGAGUAAACUGGAUGCUAACAACUGAUGAUGUUUUGUGACUCAAAUCUUCUGAAGUCCUGCAAAAUCUGAUUUACGCGCAUUUUAGAAGGAUGAUCCUCUGCAACCUGAUACACUAGCUCCCAUAGUUACAUCACUGAAGACAUGCUCACGUCAUGUAGAAGACCUCACUCAAAUCAUUUAUUGCAUAUUGGAAGAAAUUGUGCAUAUGUUGUGUGACUACACUUUUGGGCACUUUGUUGGUUGGUACGUGAGAGAAUAUACAUUUGGAAAUGUGCUCUGCCAAA